AUCAGCUCACAAUCUCAUUCUCUCCUUCCUUACAUUCUUCUGUUUCUCGAAUCAUUGUCUCCCUCCAUGGCUUCCUGUAGCCUAGGAGUUCCUAAAAUUAAAAUCUCAGCAGUAGACCUUAGUAGAGUAAGAUCUGGAAGCUUACUGGUACCAUACAAUCAAAGAUCAUUGCUUGGGCAAAGGCCGGUGAAGUACUUGAGUCUCAGGACAACGUUUGGAUCUGUGAAAGCUGUCCAAGUGUCUACUGUCCCAACUGCAGAAACAUCAGCUACUAUAGAAGUACAAGAUUCUGAAGAGACCAAGCCGUCUCCAUUGAACGCUCAGCUUGUUCCCAAGCCCUCUGAGGUGGAAGCCCUUGUCACUGAAAUAUGCGAUUCUUCAUCAAUUGCAGAGUUUGAACUGAAACUGGGGGGUUUCCGACUAUAUGUAGCAAGGAACAUAGCUGACAAUAGUAGUCCACAACCUCCGCCAACUCCUGCUGUAGCUGGUUCAAAUGAACCUAGCGAGAGUCCUGAUUUGAAUGGAUCAGCUUCCUCUACUUCACUGGCUAUCUCAAAACCAGCAUCGUCAGCCGCUGAUCAGGGUUUGAUGAUUCUCCAAUCUCCAAAAGUAGGGUUCUUCAGGAGAUCCAAAACCAUAAAGGGUAAACGCCUGCCUUCGUCUUGUAAAGAGAAAGACCAAGUGAAAGAAGGUCAAAUUCUGUGCUACAUUGAACAACUCGGUGGCCAAUUUCCAAUCGAGGCUGAUGUUACCGGCGAGGUAGUCAAGAUACUCCGAGAAGAUGGAGAGCCUGUAGGAUACAAUGAUGCUCUCAUCUCCAUCCUUCCAUCCUUUCCGGGGAUCAAGAAGCUUCAGUAAAACCAAAUUCGAGCUGGUUUUAAGUUAUGAUAAUGUUCCUUGUGUAUGCUUUUAGACAAAGAAACUUCAUUCAUAUUUGUAUUAUGUUUCUCUUUUGCUUGUAUGAAAGUUCUUCUUUAAGACUGCUUUAUUCUGUAUGUUUUUUUUAUAAAUAUAAAAACAUUGU